CAUAGAUAAAUUUAAAAGGCAUAAACAUAACCUUAAUUUGUUUUAAAUUAGAAAUUAAAAAUAUAAGACUAAAAUCAACAAAUUAAAGCAGUGAGCUUUAUAAAUAGUUAAGUAGAUAGUUUUCAAUUACUGUAAUUUAUAAAUUAUAUAUUUAUAAAGAUGGGCUUGCUAACUGAUCCAAGUGCAGAACCUAGUAAAUUUACCAAGAUUUUAACAAACCAUAACACAAAAAUUAAUGUUAUCCUGUAUGUUGUGGGGGCAGUAGGAUUUUGUUUACUUGCCCAUCCUGCUGUGAACUAUCGAAAUUAUUUUUCGGAAAAUGCCCUCCUUCCUGGUUUGGUGCAUUCGGAAUUUCGGGAUGAUAGUAGUGCAAAGUUGUAUUAUCGUGAGUUACUAGAUGAAAUGAAAACGUAUGAUAAUUCAAUGCCAUAUCCUUGGCUUCUGGCGAAGUUUCGACAAAUAGGUUUAGAGGUGUAUAUUCAUAAUUUUACAUUAAAUUAUCCUCUUAAAAGAUCACAGAAAUUCCAUGGGAAAAACGUAUAUGCUAUUUUAAGAGCUCCCAGGGCUGCAAGUACUGAAUCAUUGGUGCUGAGUGUUCCUUAUAGACCCCCUUUAAGCAUUUUUCAAACAACUGCACCUUCUAUUGCUAUUAUGAUAGCUUUUGCAAAGUUUGCAGCAAAGGGAAAUUAUUGGUCCAAAGACUUAAUUUUUUUGAUAACUGAUCAUGAACAGUUAGGAGCGCAGGCUUGGAUAGAAGCUUAUUAUGGUGUACAAUGUGGCAAAGAAGGUGUUUUAGAGCAUGGAGAUUUGGAAGGAAGGGCAGGUUCUAUACAGGCAGCUAUUAAUUUAGAACUUCAUGAUUUUAAUUUGAGAAAUAUAGAUGUUAAGAUUCUAGGAUUAAAUGGGCAGUUACCUAAUUUGGAUUUGUUUAAUCUUGCAAAUAAAUUAUGUGCAAAGGAAAAGAUUCCAUUCACGUUUAGGGGUAGAAGAAACAUGUACGAUUAUCGUUAUGAACCGUUUCGAUACUGGAAGGAGGCUUUACAUACUAUGAUGUCCAUGCUCGGUUCACAAAUGUCUGGGGUUCCGGAUGGAAAUCAUGGUCUCUUCCAUCGAGUAGGGAUUCAGGCGUUGACAUUGGAGGGAUUUUCAGAAGAGAAAGGAAGUAGGACUGAUUUUUUGGUUUUAGGACAGCUUGUAGAGCACACUUUUCGAAGCUUGAAUAAUUUACUUGAAAGACUUCAUCAGAGUUACUUUUUCUAUAUACUGUCUGAUUCUACAAGAUUUGUUUCAAUUGGAAUUUACACUCCGGUUUUGAUUACAAUGGCAAGCACAUUAAUUUUAAAAGCAGCCGGAAUUUGGUUUACAGAGAUUAUUAAGGAAUAUGAGAAAUUCAAAAAGAAAGAGGAUUAUUUUAAGAAUAAUAAAAUCAAGGAAACUAAUCGGGAAAUUUACGAGCAAGUGGUGAAAGAGCAAGCGAGCCUGGAAAAGGUAGAUUAUGUGGCUCUUGGAAAAAUAGUAUUAAUGGCGCACACAUUCGGUUUGCUAGCGUUGGCGUCGCCACCUUACUUGCUCGAUUUGAUGUCUUAUUUGGGUUACAAUUAUUCAACCGAAACGACAAUUUUUGUAGGAUUUGCAAUUAUUUCACUUUUAUUGCUCUUUUUCCCUAUUUACGACGGUUCUGUUAAAAAGAACGCCAGCACAAUGAAAACCAUGAAUAUGGUGAUUUCUUUGGAAUUGGGGGCAAUCGUGAUAUGUCUUUUGAUCAUAAACGUAGCCCUUGGGGUUGCUCUCAUAUUCCUUUGGGUUCCUGCAGCUUUGUUUAUAAAUCCAACUGAAAACAGACGCUACUCGUUUCUACAAAAAAUUACUUGGCUCUUCGUUCAUCCUUUGGUCCUUACAACAGUGGCUGUUACAAUUUAUGUAGUCGCAAACUUCCGUGGUGAAGAAUUCGAGAAAACUAUGGGAAGGAGUUUUCAGGCUGCCUCUCAAGCGAUUGUAUACAGUAUUGUCGAUUCGAUGGUGUACGGAAAUUGGUUUUAUAAUAUUUGUUUGGGAGUAUUUUUCCCAAUUUGGCUUUUAUUUUGGUAUUUAGCGUUUGCUGAUCUCUCAAAUGAUGUUGUUGAAGCAGCUAAAGAGAAAAAAAAUAAAUGAAGUGUAAUUAAUACGUGUUCUUACGUAACUGUGUGAUUCGUUGAAGAAUUAUCGUAAAAUACAUACAUGCUUAUUGAAUAAAUAAAAUUAGCACCCUUA